AUGUCGCGACCACUCAACUUGGCCAUUCUGACAAUUCUGUUGGGCCUUUUGCUCAUUGAUUUCUGUGCCAGUGCACCGCCAUCUGGGCCCGCCCAUCAAGCGAUGCGAUUGAAAAAGUGGUACUCGUGGAACAACGAUUUGGAGGUUACCAAGAAAUGGUACGACUGGCAAAACGUUCCGCAUGCCCUUCAACAAAAACGUCAACCGUUCGAGGUGGCAUCGUCCGACUACAUUAUUGAAUAA